AUGGCACGAUCAAAGAAGGGGGCAUCAGACGUCGUUCAAAAGAAGCCGAGGCGGAGGAAAGAAUCAGCUAUCCUGAAGUCAGCUUUGGCUGACAUCCAGAAAUGCAAGGAACUUGGAAUUGAAACGCACCUCCAAGCAAACAAGACCAGGAGCAGCUAUGCUGGCCAUGUACGCCGGGGACGCGAGUGGCUCGCGAGCCAUUUUGAUGCACCAAGCUGCUCCGCUGACGAGGGGGACUGCUCAGUGCCCAAAGAGCCUUUGGUACAGCCGGUGGCACUGUCAGUGCCCUCUUUCGUUAGAGACAAUCCAGACAGCGAUGUGUAUGCAGAUCCUGCCUUCAAAGAUGCGUUCGGGUGCACGCCAAACCGAUGCUCCGACAAGGCGCUGGCCCUCUUCAUGUCCCUGAAGGGGUUCCACGAAAACCUCAGCAAGAACACGGUCGAAAGUAUCCGCGCAGCAUUCAAAAAGCUCUGGGAGCAAGCGGAUGGCGGCACGUUUCGUGGAAAGUGGAGUUUCAAUGAGGCGAGACAACGCUGGGAGGGAAAUCCAGCCGACUCAGCGGAAGUUUACGACGUGAUGGCAUCUGUCAAGCACAAGGCCAGCGCAGAGGGCGGAGAUCGAACUCACUCGAUGGCAAUGACAAAAGACUUCAUGGAUCGCAUGCUCCAAUGGCAUGAGGCCGCAUGCCCACUGGAGAUCGCACUGCAGGCCAUCCAGCUACUCACUCGCCAUCUUGAACAGGUCACUUUCGAUGCUGGCGCAUGGACCUUAUGGAGCAGGUAUUACAUCUCGCUCGACACAAUCCUGCUGGACACCGUCAUGAAAAAGUAUCUGGCACGCGAGCCACUGACACUCAGCGACAGCAACACCUAUUUUGAAAUAUUCCUCUCGAACCGAAAAGGAUGGCAGAAAAGGGUCGAUAAGGGCAUCUGCGAGGCAGACCUUAGGUCCAACCACUACAAGAUAUUUCCCCGCCCAGACAUGCCUUCCUGCGACAGCUUCAUCUGGAUGUUGCUCUGGAUCAAAUGGCUCGAGUUUUUUCAUUACGGGCGCACACUCGGGCCAAACGACUUCAUCUUCCCUUUGAUGGGUGCCAAUGGCAUCAUGCAGCCUGGACAGCCUCUCUCCCAUGACACUGUGCAAAAGUGGAUUGACGAGGCAACGACAGGUGCUGGCAUCCUAGGCUGUUUUUCGACUCACUGCUUCCGCCGUGGAGGUGCCCAGUAUUGGUUUAUGUUCGCACCGGUUGGUCAGCGGUGGUCACUUGCCAUGGUUCGAUGGUGGGGAGGAUGGGCUGAUGGUGAACAGCGAAACACGCUCAUUCGUUACCUUCUCGACGAACUACACACCUAUGAGACCGACUACAGUGAUGCCCUCGCUCCUUUCUCCCGCGAAGCUGAAUCCUCCCUUGCAGGCGAGCAGGCACUCAUGAGGCCAGCAUCCACUGAGGAGCUGCGCAUGGUUCAUGCAUCCGUGACCGCAGAUGUCAAUCGUUUGCGAGUUGACGUCAGUGCAGUCAACGACUCGCUUCGGUCACUCACCAGCAUGGUCCAGGCCACUUCAAGUUGCCUGAAGGCUGCUGGACACCUACCUCCAACACAGCUCGAAGAAGAUCCCCGCUUCACCCUUCUCCGAGUCUCCGCAUCUGGCAGUGCAGAGUCUCCUCAGAUUUCAACUCCUCGGCAUGUCCAUCCACCACCAACACACUCCCGUCCUCUGUCAUCUGUCCGCAGGAGCCAUGGCCACGCACACAUCACUCCAACUACUCGACCACUGCCAUCUGCUGCUGCGCACACAGCCUCGACUCAACAACUUCCAAGCAACGGUCUUGUCAUUCCACGGCUGCCACUCGUCCGUUCGAACGGGUUGAAGACUCCGAAGGCCGAGUCCUGGAGGGACAUCAUCACGCACUGGCUCGUCGGUGACCCCGACAGAGGGUUGAAGACGCCACUCAAGGACUGGCCGCAGGAGUGGUACCAAGGCCCGAACCGGAAGCUCGCAAUGCAGUACCAGAACAGGGCCGUUGUUGCGCGCGAGUUCAUCAACCAUUACCAGUCAGACGAAGCCCUCUUCCUUGCAGCCUACCCAGAAGCCGAGCGGGGACACACCCCACUGCUUGCAGCCGUCAACAAGGCACGGGCUGCACGAGGAGAGCGUGUCCGUCGCAACAAAUGACACGGAGGACUCUCACUUCGGAACCAUACCAACUACUGCCGCCCACUCGAACGCUCGUAACUUGUAAGUACUAUAACCACGAAUCACUUCAUAUUGCAAAGGCCACAUGCCAGGACUGUUGAUACUGUACAUUCCCGCACCUACUUCUCUACCCUAGGUACUUCCUCGCCGUACUCUCUCCUUCCCAGCGCUAGUUAGUUCCCCCAACUCUUUCGUGCUUCUUUCCUCCGAGUCCGUCUUUCCCGCGUGCCUUCUAAGUUCUUGCAAGUUGGUUUCGAAUGUCCUGAGGUCCGGGAGGUCCACACCAACGACGAAAAUCAGACACAAAGCCUAGUGAGCGAGCGAGCGAGUGAGUGAGCAGGCCUGAACCUGCGCGUCGGCGGCCGUCACGCGCUCCGCUUUUUUCGUACCCAUCUGCGUCCG